UCUUGGGCCUUAGGGUUUGUUGUAUUGGUUAUGAACGACUCACAGACAAAAGUGUUCUCACAAUCGCACAAAACUGAGGCUCGCCUACUUAAUCGCAUCUUCCAAACUCUCAUUCCAUUCCAUUGCAUGUUCCUUUCCUUCUCAGGUUUUGUGGCUGUUGCAUACAUGCUGCUGUGUUUAUUUGAUUAAAAGAUAAAAUCUUUAGCGUCUUUCUUUCUGGGGUAGGUUGGUUUUUGACCCCGGGAUCUUUAAUGCGGGAAAUGCAUCUGGACUCAGUGCAGUAAUUGAGUGGAAUAGAGAGGUAAUACUGGCAAGGUGGGAAUGAAUUCGGACUCCAAAAAAUGAGGAUCAAAUAGAGGAACAUAUUAUAUGCUGGAUCAUUUGAAUUUUCAUCCCGUUGAUGCCUCUUGGAGGAAUGGACAUUGUGUACACUCGUGUAAAAUUUAAUGCAUAUCUACAUGUAUACCUUUUAUGGUCAUGAGUGAAGAGAAGCAACUAUAUUUGAUGCUUAGAAAUAUAAGGAGAUCUGCUCAAUCUGUUCGUAGAAUCAAUAGCAGAUACCGGGAAGUGAGGAAAAAUGGGCCAAUUGUCCCAGUUGGACCGAGUAUCCACCACUGCCGGUUGUACAUGCAAUAUAAGUUUCCUAGUGAAGCACGCAGUUCAUUCUUAUGGCAUGGGACAAGGGAAGGCUUUCAUAAAUGCUUUUCGUUCAGGAACUUUUCUGUAACCUCAGCAAGUAAAACAGUUACACAUCAAUCUCAGAUUGCUUGGAAAAGCCUGUUCAGAAAGUAUUGUUGCAGUGGUGAUGGUAGAUUUCCUCCUACUGUAAAUAUGAUUGCUCAGGCAGUGAGCUUGGCUUUGGCUCGUUCUUAUUUGAUAGUUCCUGGUAUUUUGGCAUUUACAUCUGGAGAGCUUGCAUUAGCUCAGAGAAAUUGGGCAGAUGUAGAACGUUACCCAUCACAGAAUGGUUUGUAUAUGCGUGCACAAGAUGGGUAUAAUUACAUGUUUACAUUUACAUUCUUGAUUGUUGAAGGUCUUGUCUUAUUAGUGAGGGCUCUCUAUCUAGCAAUACUAUUCUCUCCCAGCAUUGUGAUGGCACCAUUUGCAGAUUCUUUUGGACCAAAGUUCAGGAAACUGUGGCUCCAUGUUGUUCAUCGCACAUUAGAAAAAUCAGGUCCAGCAUUCAUAAAAUGGGGUCAGUGGGCAGCUACACGGCCUGAUCUCUUUCCUCGAGAUCUAUGCACUAAGCUUUCAGAGCUUCAUACCAAAGCUCCUGAGCAUAGUUUCAGCUACACAAAGAAAACUAUAGAAAAAGCAUUUGGUCGAAAAAUUUCUGAAAUUUUUGAGAACUUUGAAGAAGUUCCUGUUGCUUCUGGAAGCAUUGCUCAGGUGCACCGUGCUUCAUUAAAAUUUCGUUAUCCUGGUCAGCAGGCAAAGCCACUGGUGGUUGCAGUAAAGGUUAGACAUCCUGGUGUGGGAGAAUCAAUCAGACGGGAUUUUGCUAUUAUUAAUUUGGCAGCAAAAAUUUCCAACUUCAUUCCUGCUCUUAAUUGGUUAAGAUUAGAUGAGAGUGUACAACAAUUUGCAGUUUUCAUGAUGUCUCAAGUUGACCUUGCUAGGGAAGCUGCCCAUUUGAGUCGCUUUAUUUAUAAUUUCCGUAGAUGGAAGGAUGUUUCUUUCGCUAAGCCUGUCUAUCCACUUGUGCACCCUGCUGUCUUGGUGGAAACAUAUGAAAAGGGUGAAAGUGUCUCAUAUUAUGUUGAUGAUCUUCAAGGACAUGAACGGGUUAAAUCUGCUCUUGCUCACAUUGGAACUCAUGCACUUUUGAAAAUGCUUCUGGUGGACAACUUCAUUCAUGCAGAUAUGCAUCCUGGAAAUAUCCUCGUUCGAGUGUCUCAGAACAAGUCUCAAAAACGGCUCUUCAAAUCAAAGCCUCAUGUAGUUUUCCUUGAUGUAGGCAUGACUGCUGAACUCUCUGGAAGUGAUAGAGUAAAUCUACUAGAAUUUUUCAAAGCUGUUGCCCGCCGAGACGGCCGGACUGCUGCAGAAUGCACCCUCAAUUUGUCAAAGCAACAGAACUGUCCAAAUCCAAAGGCCUUCAUUGAGGAGGUGGAAGAGGCGUUUACUUUUUGGGGCACCCCUGAAGGUGAUCUGGUCCAUCCUGCAGAGUGCAUGGAGCAAUUACUUGAGAAAGUUAGGCGUCAUAGAGUUAAUAUUGAUGGCAAUGUUUGUACUGUCAUGGUGACGACCUUGGUUCUUGAGGGUUGGCAGCGAAAGCUUGAUCCUGGGUACAAUGUGAUGCAGACGUUGCAGACAUUGCUACUUAGAGCUGAUUGGGCAAAGUCUCUUUCUUACACAAUUGACGGACUCAUGGCCCCUUAAGGAGGAACUUUCUUUCUUUGUUGAGGCUCUUGAGAAACAAUUUUGACUAACAUCAUAAAACCCAAAGCAAAACAUGUCCUGAGGGCUCUCCCACAUUUGCUUGUUUUUAUUUUAAUUUUUGAAAGAUUUAUCCCCUGUAUUUAUCUUGGGUAAUUUCCAAGUUUUUUUUUGAGCAUCACAGUUUACAAGAAAAAUGGAAGUAGAAAGAAUAAAGCGGUGAAUAUAUUUCCUUUCCCUUAGCCUGUUGUUGUACCUACCCGAUAAAUGAACGGUAUAAUUAGAAUUUGGAAUGAGAAGUAACAUUUUAUGA